AUGACAAUAGAAAAAUCUACCAACACCAAUAGUUAUGGAGCACUACCUACAGAUGGCUCUCAAAUCCGCCUAGUAACAAUUCACCAAGGAGAGGAAGGCGAAAAUAUUGAAUGUACUCUUGAGAAUUUCCCCUUUAUUGAAAAUAUAGACAGUCAUGAAUACGAAGCUCUCUCAUAUGUAUGGGGCGACGCUUCUAGCACAGCUUUUAUCACCCUUAACAAGAAACCGUUCCAAGUAACAAGAAACCUCGAGGCUGCCCUGCGCGCAUUACGACUUCGAGACAGAAAGAGGCUUAUUUGGGUGGAUGCGUUAUGUAUCAACCAAGCUAAUGUUCAAGAGCGAAACCAAGAGGUCGGUCGAAUGGGCAAAAUCUAUAGCCAGGCUGGGCAUAUCAUUGUGUGGUUGGGUCCAGAUACCUCUAUCCGAGGCGAAUGCGUCUCUGACAAGACAAUCGACCUACUGAACUUACUGGCUGAUACAAAUUCCCAAGAUCCCGAAGCUGCAGUCACGAUAAUGGUCAAAAUGGGCAAUUCACUAUACGGAAUAGAAUUACUGCAUAAGUUUUUCUUCCAACCAUGGUUCAAUCGCGUCUGGAUACUUCAAGAAAUUGUGCUGGCAAAGUCUGCGACGGUGGUUUACGGAGACCGGUUAAUAGAUUGGGAUCGAGUUCUGGAAGCCGUAGAUGCUCUGCGUAGGCUUCAACUUGGCCAGCACACUCAUGUUUGGCGGUUGAGCGGCGCAUCGAGAGCGGAUAGUAUACAGAGAUGUUGGAUACGGGUUCGCACUGCCAGGUCUCAAGACAGAUCUCGCCAGCCGAUCCACCUGGAGCUAGCUGAUUUACUCUGGCAGACUCGCUUCUUCGAGAAGACCGAACCCAGGGACAGGUUGUAUGGAAUCCUUGGGUUGUUGAAAGGCGAUGCGCAAAAUGAAAAGUUGCUCGAAGUCGACUAUACAAAACCAGUUGCGGAUAUGUUUAGGGACUUGGGAAUUUUCCUAUUUAAGGGAGGUUUGCUGUCCCAUGCUCUCUGUUCCGUGGUAGGUCCUAUGGAGGGCUUACCAUCAUGGGCAUCGACAUGGACUUCCGAAUUAGAGGGUGAUACAGCUUCGAAGCUUUCGACCGGCAUUAUGACCUACAUGCAAAUCCACGAGCUAAAGGGGAUGCAACCACCGCCAAACCCACCGCGUUUCUCGGUUGAUUUACGUGAAGUCACAAUCAAAGGACACGUCUUUACCCCAAGUAUCCAGCACACAGGCAAAAGCUUCAAAUCGGGUACAUCUCAAAUCGCAACCCUUAAUGACUCGAUAAGAGUCUGUCACACACGACUUAUUGAAUGGGAAGACGAGAUGGAGCGCCAAGCUUGUGCACGCAAAACAUUCACAACGAAAGCUGAGCGGCGUAAGGCCUGGAAGUGCGCACUCUUUCAUGAGCUACCGGGGGAUAAGACCGAGAUGAGCGAAAAUUACGACCUGCUAACUAAUCGUAACAGAAGAGUGCCAUUGAUGAACGAUGGUCCUUUAAUAGUACGCGCUAUUGUAGACUUGAACUCAAAGUUAGGAAUUCAUUGUAACUUCCGCAAGCCUUUCAUUACAGCGUCGGGUCUAAUGGGAAGUACGGGGGCAAACCGGGAUGUCCAUAUUGGAGAUAAGUUGUGCGUAUUCGUAGGUUCUGCAGUGCCUUACAUACUACGACCUGUUGGUCAGUCCAGAGAGCUAUAUCGGUUUGUCUCUUGCUGUUGGGUACCAGAACUUAUUGAUCUAGACAUGGUCGAAGGACAAAGGAAGGGACUUUGGCAACUUCAAGAUAUCACUCUAAUUUGA